AUGGCACCAAAAAAAUUCGAUCUGAAGGUGAAUAUAGAGCAGAUCCAACAGCAGAUGAGCAAACUCGUAGUGACGGAGAUGGAGCAGACUCGAGGACGGGUUGACUCCAUCGAACAGACACUACAGACGAUGCAGACCCAGAUGACCAACGUGUUUGGCCGUUGGGAGGCGAAGAUAAAGGAGAAGGAAGACGCGAAGCAGAGGUUACUCGAGAAGGCUCGCGGGAAGCAGAUCGUGGGUGACGAUGAACGCACGGAGGGUUCGAUCGCGCGAAAGGGUGAUCCAGAGACCGGCGAGCUGAGUCAGUUGGUGGAUCAGUCGCCGAUCACCGCGCGAGAGGAGCGUUCUGAAAACCGACGAUCCUCGCGUCGCAGAUCUGAGUACUCGGAGGGAACGUACGGAGGGCAAGAUCGAUCGCUAACUCGGAGGUUGGAGUUACCCGUGUUCGAAGGCGAAAGAGCGGAUAUUUGGGUACUGAAGGUGGAGCAGUACUUUGAGGUGGCGGAAUACUCGGAGGAGGAGAAGCUGCGUCACGUCAGAACUUGUUUUGACGGUGACACCUUGUUGUGGUAUAGUUGGGAGCGAGAACGAAACCCUUUUCGGAGUUGGAGUCAGAUGAAGCUCCGGGUGUUAGAACAAUACUCCACCAACCGAGACACAUCGGCGGGGGAAAGGUUGUUGACACUCCGGCAGACUGGAUCUGUUCGAGAUUACUGUCGCGAUUUCAAAAACUUAGCCAUGAACGCCCCGGAGUUGAGCGAAGAGGUGUUGGAGCUGGCAUUUAUGGUGGGAUUGAAGUCGAAGAUUCGAGCUGGAGUGAAGAUAUUUGAGCCACGGGGGCUCCAGAAGAUGAUGGAGAUGGCCAAGAAGGUGGAGGACUGGUCCGCCGAGGAGGAACCGGCAACGGGUAAGGGUAGCAAACCCAAUAACGGGGGCCAAUCUGGUGUCACGAUGAAGCCCAGUUAUGGAGGUUUUGGCCCAAAUAAGCCCAAGCCCAUUCCGGCCCAGACAAACCCUAAUGCGAAAGGGUCUGGAAAGGGUCUCUGUUUCAAGUGCGAUGAGAAGUUUCAUCGCAAUCAUCUUUGCGCGAAACCAGAGCUCACUGUUUUGGUGACUCACGCGAAUGGAACAGAAACGGAGUUGACUGAGGAGCCGCGCGAGUUGGUAGAGGAGGUGGUUGAGGACGAAGUCGAGGCGGUAGUGGCGGAGGUGUCGAUCAAUUCGGUGGUGGGCUUGACCUCUCCGCGCACAAUGAAGUUACGAGGGAGUAUUGGUGAUGAAACGGUGGUGGUGCUUAUCGAUAGUGGCGCUUCCCACAACUUCCUCUCAGAGAAGUUAGUGGCGAAGUUGGGGCUGUCCACUAACGAUACAUCACGCUACGAAGUGUUGGUAGCUGGAGGAAUGAAGGUUCAUGGGCGUGGUAUUAUCGAAGGGGUGGAGCUGAAACUACCUACUUGCGACAUUGAGACGAGUUUCUUGCCAUUGGAGCUUGGCAUCUCCGACAUCAUUUUGGGGCUACAAUGGCUUGAUACUUUGGGGGAGAUGCGGGUUAACUGGAAGUUGCAGCAAAUGAAGGUUUGGUUGGAUGAGAGGUGGGUUCUCAUACAAGGGGAAUUUGAUCUCCACUCCGCCAAUGUCUCGCUUAAAUCUCUGUGGAAGGCAAUUGGGAAGGAGGGAGAAGGUAUGAUAGUGGAGUUUGGGGGACUACAGAAGGACGAGAUCGCCUUGUCAGUACAACUUCAGGGGCCUAUGGAGGACCUGUUGUCUCAGUACUCACGGGUCUUUGAAGAACCGACGGGGUUACCUCCUUCACGAGGGAAGGAGCAUGGCAUUGUGCUCGAGGAGGGAGCAAAACCUGUCAGCGUCAGGCCCUUUCGCUACCCUCAGAUACAAAAGGCGGAGAUCGAGAAGCAAAUUGGGUCAAUGUUGGCUGCGGGAAUCAUUCAAGAGAGUGGGAGUCCCUUCUCAAGUCCGGUGUUGCUAGUAAAGAAGAAAGAUGGCAGCUGGAGAUUCUGUGUUGAUUAUCGAACAUUGAACCGAGUCACCGUGGCAGACAAGUUUCUGAUUCCCAUGAUAGACCAACUCUUGGAUGAACUUCACGGAGCACAAGUCUUUUCUAAACUCGACCUAUGUUCCAGUUAUCAUCAGAUCUUGGUGAAGAAGGAGGAUCUUUCUGCACUCACGACGGGCAUUACGAGUUCCUUCAAGACGGAAGAGGAGCAGGCGUUACGCGUGUUGGCUGAGCAGAAGUUGUAUGCUAACCGCAAGAAGUGCCAAUUUGGCAGUAGACAAGUGGAGUAUUUGGGGCACGUCAUCUCAGGCUCAGGCGUUGCAGUAGAUGGCGAGAAGGUGCGAGCGAUGCUGGACUGGCCUGAGCCUAGAACGGUCAAGGAGCUACGGGGUUUCCUUGGUCUUACUGGUUAUUACCGUAAGUUCGUUAAACACUACGAGAGUAUAGCCAGACCACUUACAUGGUUGCUGCAAAAGGAUCAAUUCUUGUGGAGUAAGGAGGCCACUGCCGCAUUUCAAUCCUUGCAGACAGCUAUGACGACCGUUCCGGUGCUAGCCAUGCCGGAUUUUGAUGUGCAGUUUGUGGUUGAAUCAGACGCAUCGGGAAUAGGGUUGGGAGUGGUGCUGAUGCAGAACCAACGACCCAUCGCAUACUUCAGUCAAGCACUCACUAACAGACAACGCCUCAAAUCAGUUUAG